GGUGCGGAUUCAAAGAUGGCGGAAGAGGAGAGCCAGUUUGAAGAAUUUGAGCAAAUAGACUUUUUAAGAGAUCGACAUGUACGGUUCUUCCAGAGAACACUGCAGGUGUUACCCGAGCGAUACGCCUCGCUUGAAACAACCAGGUUAACUAUCAUAUUCUUUGCCCUGUCUGGCCUGGAUGUGCUGGACGCUCUGGAUGUGAUCGAUAGAAACGUCAUGAUUGAGUGGAUCUACUCGCUACAGGUUUUGCCCACAGAGGAUCAGUCUAACCUAAGUCGUUGUGGGUUUCGAGGAUCGUCCCAUAUUGGAAUUCCUUACAGCACUAAGGGUCCAGGUGUGCUCCAUCCAUACGACAGUGGCCAUGUAGCCAUGACCUACACUGGGCUGUGCUCCCUGCUGAUACUGGGAGACGACCUGAGCAGGGUUAACAAGCAGGCUUGUCUAGCUGGUCUGAGAGCACUGCAGCUGGAGGACGGCAGUUUCUACGCAGUGCCAGAGGGAAGUGAAAAUGACAUACGGUUUAUCUACUGUGCAGCCAGUAUCUGUUACAUGCUGGAUGACUGGUCAGGCAUGGACAUCCAAAAGGCCAUCGAGUACAUCAGGGGAAGUUUGUCGUACGACAGUGGGUUUGGCCAGGGAGCUGGGCGAGAGUCACACGGUGGCUGGACUUACUGUUCCAUAGCCUCUCUGUGCCUGAUGGGUCGCCUGGAGGAGGCACUGAGUCAGCGGGAGCUGGACAGGAUCCGGCGCUGGUGCAUCAUGAGGCAGCAGACCGGCUUCCACGGGCGGCCCAACAAACCUGUAGACACAUGCUACUCCUUUUGGGUUGGAGCUACGCUGGAGCUCUUAGAUGUGUUCCAGUACACAAACUUUGACAAGAACAGGAGCUUCAUCCUCUCCACGCAGGAUCGGUUGGUGGGGGGAUUCGCCAAGUGGCCGGACAGCCAUCCAGACCCCCUCCAUGCUUACUUAGGGCUGUGCGGUCUGUCUCUGAUCGGAGAGCCCAGCCUGAGGAAGGUCCACCCAGCUCUUAACAUCACCCAGAGAGCCUUUCAGCACCUCCAGCAGCUGCAGCAGACGUGGAGAGACAGCACGGGCAGCUGCAGCAGACAGCUCUGACAGCAAGAUCGUCCACGGCUCUGUCUCUGAACAGGUUCAGUCAUCAGGAACACCUAACAGUAGUCUGUGAGAGGCGACUGGAAACUGCUGUUUGUCUUAGAAACUGUUGGUCACUCAUCUGAGAGGCCUCCUCAUUUCAGGAAGGUUUGAAAGACUUACAUGGAGCGGUCUGUGUAAAGUGACUUUUUCUCUUUGUCAAGCAGUACAAGUCACUCUUUUUUUUUUUUUGCUGCCUUUUUAUGAGUAGACUGUAGGGAAUGACAGUGUUCAUUGUGAUUUGUUGCAGUAAAAACAUGUGCCAGAAAGUCAAAUUUGAGCUGCUAGAAUCUUGAAAAUAUUCCAGAUGCCUCAACUUUGCAAAGUCCUUUUGGAUAAUGAAGCUAUGAAGCUUUUUGCACCUUAGCCUCAUCGUCAUAGUGGACAACACAAUCUGCUGUAAACCAUCCUAUCCUGGGAUGAACCACCAAGCAAAGGCAUAAGAAACAACCUCAGAGUACUGGUGAAAACGGUCUGAGUAGAGACACUAAGGCGUGCUAGCUGUGUGCUUGCUAUCUGAAUCAUGUCCCGUUUUGCAGAUAAACGUUUGCGAAAAAAGGAUAGUUUAACUUUUAAUGAAUACCCCUGCAUUCUCAGAUACCAAACACUCUGUUGCCUUUUCCUCCCUGUACCUUACAUCUUGCCUCUCUGCUUUCCUAACAUCUCAAUCCUUCCCCUGAAAACCUCCUCAAAGCUCUCCAGUCCCACAGGUGUGAUACAUGCCUGGCAGGUAGACUCUCUCUUCAGCUCUCUGCAGUUUCACCACUUGAGGGUUUUGUUCGGCGAUCAACUGAGAUUUGAAAUGAGAAUCGAGCUGCUGGGGUGAAAUGAAUGGAAAAUGCAGCACAGCGCCGACAAACCGCCUUAAGGGUCAGAGCUAUGAUUCAGAAAAUAAAAUUAAGAGCACCCCAGAAAGAAGAUUAAACAAUGACUUUAGCUACGGGCGUUAUCUUUUAAGAUCAAGAUGCCGUUCACAGCUUUCCCAAGGCAAACAGAAAAGAUUCAGCGUCUUAAGGGAAGAAGGGGAAAAUUCCUUCUUUCUUGCGGGGUAUUUCCCUUCUGUUUAAUCCACUGAUCCCCUCUCGACAUCCCCUGACUCCUGAACCCUGAACUGAUCUGAGCAGCUCCUCCUUCACCAGUUUUCCAUCCUCCCUUUAAGGCACCGUGCAGCCUGAAAUCAAUAAGACAAAACAGUGGCGUCAUAACUAUGAGAUAUGUAUUCUUUAGAACGGCACUGAGAGCUGACUUGUUGUUCUGGUAAAAGAAAGGACGCAGGGCAAAAACAAAGAACAAUGCACACGAGCAGACUGUGCCACAGAAACAAUCUGACGUGUUUGUCACUUCCUGUUGAGUCCGUAUAAUGUCGACUUCCAACAAAGAGCAAGGUUUGUACACCUGGACUCUCUGUUGCAUUACCCAUUGUCUACACAAAUGAUCAUACAAGCGACCUUCAGCCUUCUUUUCCUUAAGCUGUGCUGAAGAGAGGAAGUGAAAUCACAAGAUCUCAACAUGAGAUGUGGUGUGGAAACUGCAGGAUACCUCCAACAUCCAUUAUAAUGAAAAUAUCCUGACACAGCUGUUUCACCUCUUAUCAUCCUUUUAACUUCCCUUCACUGCUACAUUAUCCCUCUUUCAAAUGCUUCUUUUAUCCUGCCUUUUUCUUCAUCUUUGCCCAAUUAACGUCCAUUCAUGUAACCCUCAUUCAUGCCAUAUGCUCCACCGUGAGGACUCGUCCAGUUGUGACACUGUGAGUCAAAUUGGCAGGAAAAAUCUGUUAAGAGCGCCAAAUGUACUUAAAUAAAGACACCCAUAUUUAGCACCAGAUAUUCCAUAAUCUGUUCCAUGAGUCUGGAUGACAUUAUAUUGCCAUAUUGAUAUUUGGUCCACCCCUAAAAAAAGGCAAAUUAAAUUGUGUAAAUGUCAACCUGCUCCACAUGCCCUCAGAGCUCUGAUCCUUGCUAUUCCAGCUUCACAGGUUCCUGCAGCCUCCCUGCUGAAGCCACACCCUUUUGAUUAUAAGGCUGCUUCCACAGCCAACACCUGCUCCCUGAGAUGGAGAGCGAGGAGAAAGCCGAAAUAGUGGUCUGUCAACACCUUACCUGCGGGGGGAAUCUACUGUGUGUAGCACCAGCUCUGACUAGAUAUAAAAAUAGUAUCCACCUCUGUGUUUCUCUCCGCCAUGUUUGAAAUCAACCUGGCCUCGUCCCUCUCCCCGCCAACUUGACCUGGAUUUUUAUGUGUAGAAAGCAGAGCAGGGAGACAGAGGAAAGGAGAGAAGUGGGGAGGGGAGGUGAAUAAAUAAAUGAUACGUCCCAUCUAUUAUUGAAAGUAAAGCGUCGGAGGCUUCUAUGUCCUCUCUGAACCUUGACCAAACCUCCAGUGUUGUUCAGCUUUGUUUUGGUGCAGGAACAAUAGCUUUCUGUUCAGCUGUGUCCUAUCAUGCUACAUUGUUUUAACUCUGAGUCUGUUUUUGCCUCAGACACAGUUCUGCUCUUGCUGACUUCUACCUUGCCAUUUUUGUUACAAACAUUUUUGUGACUUUCAGCAUUAGAUUUCAUAUCGCCUUUCGGAAAAUUCCCACUGCUUUUGCUGCUGUUUUUUCAUUUUUUUCAAUUUUUUCAUUGACAAAGGCAAUUCACUUUUGAUUAAAAAAUCUAAUCACGGCUCUGGAAAAAUUUAGAGACCACUGACAAAAUAUGUACUUCUCUGGUACUUCUAUUUAGAGGUUUGCUUGAAUUAAAUUAACUUGUUUUGUUUAAUGGUAUACCACAUCUCUCCCUACUUCGAAAUAAGAUGUACUGAUGGCAUUGUAUUUUGAGAAAAUGGAAACUUAUUAAGAAAACAAAACGAUGCAGUAUUUUUCAGCCGGCAAGUAAUGCAACAAAAACUGGUUUCUUUUUCAUUUUUAAACUACAGAUUAUUAAUGUUUCAACUUAGAAAGAGUUCACCAGGAGCACUGGAUAGUCGAAGGUUAUGUGGUACGCCCAGUGUAUGGAGGCUACAGUCCUCGUCGCAGCAGCAGCAUAUGUGGGUUCGAAUCCGACCUCGGCCCUUUGCGGCACGUCAUCCCCCCCACUCUCUCUCUUCCCAAGAUUUUCCGUCUCUCUUUUGCUGUCGUGUUUAAUUAAGGCAAAAAUGGCCAAAAAAUAACGUGAAGGAGUUCACUCAUGCAUUGUGUAGAACCAGAGGGAAACAUACUUCUGCAGUGGUCUCUCCUUUUUUUUUUCAGAGUUGUAUGUUCUGGUUUAUCCCCUUCUGGUUGAAUAUUUACAAAAUGACCUAAAUCUGAGAAGUCCUGAGUCAGAAACGCACCUAAAGAAAGCGAUUGUGUCUCCAGUGCAUCUCCUGAAAUGACCACUUUUACAGCUGCCUUCUGUUUGGAUCUCUCCGUGUAUAAAGAAGGACAAAUACUCCCGAAAACUUGACUCUGAAAAAAUGUGCCUCAUGUAACUUUUGUUCUGGGUCACCGCUCUCUUGGUGCUGCUCUACGUGAACAGCAUGCCUAAAAUGGGCAUAGCUUUGCUGUUUCUGUUCUAUAAAGAAAAGCACCAAAAAUAUGUGCUCUCUACAUGGAACAGAGUGAAGGCAUAUUUUGAAACUUGACUUUCCCUCUGCCUGGCUUUGCAGGGUCCUCUUAUCCAAUCAGACGAAGGCUUACUGAUUGAGGUCAUUUUACCUGCAUGUCUGAUCGUUAACGUUUAUUCCAGAAGGAGAGAAGAAUUCAUUUAGGCCGAAGCCAUAACUGCUUACUCGACUUUAAACGGGAUGACAGAUUUGAUGGACGGAGCUGCUUCUUUCUGCAGAGUUUUAUAUCACUUCUCACUUUUGCUACGUUACGCUGUAGUUGGCGCUCUCGCUCCCACAGCAUGAAAAGACGGGACGAGGCUUUGCGCUUUUAAGCAGACUGCAGGAAAAGCCGCCUGGAUGCUCAGUAGAUGUAAAGAAUCAUGAUUUUCUUUUGACAUGCAGCUGAAAUGCUACAAAAUGGGCAAUUUGAACCUUUGCUUCGUCAUCAUUAAACAUACAUAAUGUAAUAUUGAAUAAUGUAACAAUACAUGUAACGGAAUUUAUUUUUUCUAUGCUUUGUAGAAAUAUUGAGUGUAGAUAAAUAUGUAAAUGUCUUUAAAUAUGUGACUUCUUUUGUGCAAGUGCUCAAGAUCAAAUCAUGUUUACAGGUACAGCUUUGAGAUGGUUAGAGUUUGAAAGGCGAACGUUUAAUGUAUUCUACUACUUCAGCUUCCAGUUUGAGGAGAGUGAUCUGGAUUUAAGCUUGGCGGUGCAUGCUGUAUAUAUGUUGAAUAAAAAGGCAUACUAACUUUUACAAUU